GCACGAGGGAGUUCCACUGGCGAGCUGGAAGGCCACGCCUCCUCCCGCCUCCCCCCGCAGCCCUGUAGCUGGGGGCAGAGCUCAGACUGUCUUCUGAAGAUUGAUGUCUAUUACCUUGAGCUCUUUAAUUUUGUUGCCAAUUUGGAUAAGCAUGGCACAAAUCCAGCAGGGAGAUCCAGAUGAAAAAGAAAAGACUACAGCACUGAAAGAUUUAUUAUCUAGGAUUGAUUUGGAUGAACUAAUGAAAAAAGAUGAACCACCUCUUGAUUUUCCGGAUACCCUGGAAGGAUUUGAAUAUGCUUUUAAUGAAAAGGGGCAGUUAAGACACAUAAAAACUGGGGAACCAUUUGUUUUUAACUACCGAGAAGACUUGCACAGAUGGAACCAGAAAAGAUAUGAAGCUCUAGGGGAGAUCAUCACGAAGUAUGUCUAUGAGCUCCUGGAAAAGGACUGUAAUUUGAAAAAAAUCUCUAUUCCAGUAGAUGCCACUGAGAGUGAACCAAAGAGUUUUAUCUUUAUGAGUGAGGAUGCUUUGACAAAUCCUCAGAAACUGAUGGUUUUAAUUCAUGGUAGUGGUGUUGUCAGGGCAGGUCAGUGGGCUAGACGGCUUAUUAUAAAUGAAGAUCUGGACAGCGGCACACAGAUACCUUUUAUUAAGAGAGCUAUGGAUGAAGGAUAUGGAGUAAUAGUGCUGAAUCCCAAUGAAAACUAUAUUGAAGUAGAAAAGCCAAAGAUACAUGUACCGUCAUCUUCUGAUAGUUCAGAUGAACCAGCAGAAAAACGGGAAAGAAAAGAUAAAGUCUCUAAAGAAACAAAGAAGCGACGUGAUUUCUAUGAAAAGUAUCGUAACCCCCAAAGAGAAAAAGAAAUGAUGCAGCUCUAUAUCAGAGAAAAUGGUUCUCCUGAAGAACAUGCAGUCUAUGUGUGGGACCAUUUCAUAGCCCAGUCUGCAGCUGAGAAUGUGUUUUUCGUUGCUCACAGCUAUGGAGGACUUGCUUUUGUUGAACUGAUGAUUCAACGAGAAGCAGAUGUAAAAAGUAAGGUAACUGCGGUGGCGUUGACAGACUCUGUUCACAAUGUGUGGCAUCAAGAAGCAGGCAAAACGAUUCGAGAAUGGAUGAGAGAGAACUGUUGUAAUUGGGUCUCCAGCUCAGAACCAUUAGACACAUCAGUGGAGUCCAUGCUGCCCGAUUGUCCUCGAGUCUCAGCAGGUUCCAGGGUGUAAAAUGUGUACCCGUUUUUCAUGCACAAGCCUUUUUUUAAUCAUCCUGACUGAUUUAUUUCUCAUUAUCGAAGUGGGCAAUAUACCAUCUACAUAUCAUUCUCGUGAAAUAACUAUCUGUACUCUGAGUAAGAGCUAGAUGUCAAAGAUCCAUGAGUGUACAUUUAUUCAAAUGAAGGUUGAAAUCGUUAAAGAUUCCCACUCGGGUAUCUUAUGUAAUCUUCUAUCAGGAUUGUAUCUCCAUUUCAGUUUGUAUGACAUUACCUGUUCUGAAUAGGAUAAAGACUCAUUGUUACUGUCAGGCCUGUUUUCAAACUAAAUAUUCAUCUAGUCCUUUGUGGCUGCCAUUUUUAUCACACAUUUAGAACAGCUUCCCUUUACUGAUCUGCCAUUUUCCUGCAAAUCACUGUUUCACUUGUAUGAUUUCUAGUGAGACAAGCUUAGACCUGGCUGCCUUUCUCUCAGUAACAGAGAAAAGAAAUAUCUCUGGUGCCUGUGCUGCAAAGAAAGUUGAUUCAUGUGUAAAUUAUCAUUUGGCCUUUAUUUGCUUGGCCUGUGGAGAGUACACAGGCAGAUAAAAGGUUCGGUGGGUCAGCGCUCAGUAUGUGCAGGUUUCUCCGGUGGCUACAAUGACAGCAUUAGAAUUGUUGUCACAGAUUAUCAGACAUGCUGUGAUGUCUUAUCAUUAUUUACUUGCAGUUUUCAGUGUAAAAUAAACUCUAACAUGGAAGAUACUUCUGUUGUAACAGGACACCAUGUACCUGUCCCAUGUUUGUUCUAUCAUCUCACAUUCUAAAUAAGAAAAACUGGUUUGUGUUUUCUUGAAAUUGGAACUGGUAUUUUUAUGUUGCUGCCAUCCAUGUUUCUGGCUCCCGUCUAUCUCCUUUUACUUCUACCUCGUGUUUUCAUUUCUUCAAACUUGGAUGUUGUCCAAGUUUGUUGUCAACCAUGGGUAGAUAAUAUCUUAGUAACAUAUCCUAUUAAACUAGAUGGAUGUAAAAUGCUGCUGGGUACACAUAGCCGCCUCUAGGCACUAUGCGGAAAUUGGAUACUUACAGAAACUGCAAGAUCUGUUACCUGUGACUCAGUUGGUUUUCUUUAAAAUAAAAUUUCUUACGAUGCUUUCAUUAUUAUCUUUACUAUUAAAGGAGGUAAACAAAGGUAUGGCGCUUUUUUUUUUACCACAUUAUAUCAACCCUCGAAGUGUAUAGCUGAAAUGAAUUUAUAAGGUAAAUCCUUGUGUGUGUGUGUGUGUGUGUGUAAAAACACUAAGAUAUGCAUUAAUAAAUCCCAAAAUGAUACGA